AUGAAAAGCCACCAUACUUUUGAGUUCGAAGAGAACCUCUCAGAAGACUUCCUGAGUGAAGAUGCAUCUCCUAGGAAGGUAAAAGUCAACGAGAAUAUGUAUAAAAAUAUGAAAAUGUCUUCGCUCAAAACAUAUAAGAGCAUAAAGCCUCUGGGCAACAAAGACUCAAGCUUGACCUUGGUGCUCAAAGGUUUAGAUGAGAAUUUGCAUUGAAAAAGUAACAGAAAAAAUUCAUAUUUUGAAUGUAUCAAAUCGUCAAAGACUCGCAAAGAGCAUUCUUGCUCUCCUUUAAACAGUGGAGGAAAAGAUAUUAAUUCAAAAAGAGGCAGUUUAAGAAACGAUAUAAGUGCCCUCUUGAAAAAAUCUGCUAAAAUUCGUAUAAAAAGCCAGUUUUGUAACCAAAAGAAGCUAGCAGACAGUACCUCAUUCAAAGGAAUCAAAAUCCCUAAAGAGAAUUUGGAGAAAAACAAUUUUUUAACUUUUGGUGUUGAAAAAUAAACG